AUCAGUAUGUGAGGGGGCAUGGGUGACGAAACAUGCGAGUGAGCCUUGUGAGAGCGCCGGAAGUCGGAAAGCAUUUGUGAGAGCAGCUGUUCGCGGGUGUGUGCCUUGAACGAGUUUUAAAUUAAUUAUACGUUUUUCUCGUCGUGCUCUGCAAACCAAAGCUGUAUCGAAAUCUUUCCGACAUCUUGACAAUGGCUGAAGAAAACUCGACCUGUAAUUCACUUAGCAUGGAAGAAAAGGUGAAGCUUAUCACCCGAAAUCUUCAAGAAGUGCUAGGUGAUGACAGAAUGAAAGCUGUCAUGAAGGAAAGAGACCUCCGAAUCUACUGGGGUACUGCCACAACUGGAAAACCUCAUUUGGCAUACUUUGUUCCCAUGUCAAAAAUAGCCGACUUCUUGAAGGCAGGAUGUGAAGUGACCAUCCUGCUUGCCGAUCUUCAUGCUUACCUUGAUAACAUGAAAGCACCUUGGGAUCUCUUGGCUUUGCGCACAGAGUAUUAUGAACGUGCUAUAAAGGCUAUGCUCAAGUCAAUUGGUGUGCCACUGGAGAAACUGAAGUUCAUCAAAGGAACAGACUACCAACUGAGCAAGGAGUUCACACUGGAUGUCUAUAGGUUAACGUCCAUGGUUACUGAGCAUGAUGCCAAGAAAGCUGGUGCUGAGGUUGUGAAGCAGGUUGAGCAUCCCCUUCUCUCUGGGCUUCUGUACCCCGGACUACAGGCACUGGAUGAGGAGUAUCUGAAGUGUGACACCCAGUUUGGAGGCAUUGACCAGCGCAAAAUCUUCACAUUUGCCGAGAAGUAUUUGCCACAGCUGGGAUACAAGAAGAGGUCUCACCUGAUGAACCCAAUGGUUCCUGGUUUGACAGGUGGUAAGAUGUCAUCAUCAGAAGAGGACAGCAAAAUCGACCUGCUAGACUCUGCAGCAUCAGUGAAAAAGAAGCUGAAGAAGGCCUUCUGUGAGCCAGGCAACACUGCAGACAAUGGCGUCCUCUCCUUCUGCAAGCACGUCAUCUUCCCUCUGCUGGGCGCUGAGAAGUUCACCAUCGAGCGUGCUGAGGAGAACGGCGGCAACGUCGACUACGCCGAGUUUGCUGCCCUGGAGACGGCCUUCGCCGCGCAGGAGAUCCACCCGGGCGACCUGAAGGCCACGGUGGAGCGCCACCUGAACCGACUGCUGGACCCGAUCCGGCGCGAGUUCGAGGCGCCCGAGCUGAAGACGCUGGCGCAGCGCGCCUACCCGCCGCCCUCCAAGAAGGCCGCGGUCACAGAGACGGAGGGACCGCACCGGCUGGACAUGCGCGUGGGCCGCGUGGUGUCAGUCGCGCGCCAUCCGGACGCCGAGUCACUCUACGUCGAGAAGAUCGACCUGGGCGAGCCGGAGCCGCGCACCAUCGUCUCCGGUCUGGUGGAGCACAUCAGCGCCGAGGAGCUCACCGGCCGGCUCGUGGUCGUGCUCUGCAACCUGAAGCCGGCCAAGAUGCGCGGCGUCGAGUCGCGCGGCAUGGUGCUGUGCGCCUCUGUGGACGAGCCGCGGGCCGUGCAGCCGCUCGACCCGCCGGCGGCCGCUCAGCCCGGAGACAGGGUGCUCGUCGAGGGGUACGAGACGGGACAGCCCGACGAACAGCUCAACCCCAAGAAGAAGGUGUGGGAGAAGCUGGCCGUGGACCUGAAGACGUCGUCGACGCGCGUGGCCGAGUGGCAGGCCAACCCGCUGAUGACCAAGGAUGGUGCGGUCACCUGCCGCUCUCUGGCCGGCGCGCCCAUCAGGUAGCGCGCUGGUCGGCCGGAGCGAGACGGGACGGGCGUGCCGUCAACACCACAGGUGCGUGUUUACCGAACCGUGACCAUGCUACCCUACACUUUCGGCUCUGGUACACGCUAGGAGACAUUACGUACCUUUUCCCCAUUUUACCUUUUCUAUUCAAUGCGCAAUGUUUUGAUCGACAAUGCUAAGAUGGUAGGGUGAUUGGAGUAAGAGUUGGCCCCGCUGUUAAUCCGCCUGCGGUAGCGGGUUUUGGUCUGGUUGCGGCUGGCUGCGUUACGGCCCAGCAGAGGACGCCACCGAGUUGGUAGAAUGGCCCGGGUUUCUAUCUGUUUUAGGUCAGCUAGUUAUCGUUUUCCGGCAUCGGUGGUUACAGAUUAGAAGUGUCACGCCGCGAAUGCUCGUCAGAUUAUUUAAAUGGAUAUUUAUGACUUAUUGUUCGGCAAUGCGUGCCUGCACAUUCUGCUGAUGGGUUUGGAAUAAAACUGUCCCGUGCACAUUUUA